UAAAUUUGAACGGUUGGUAGCGAAAUAGUCACAACUUGCCCUCCUAAAUGUACAAUCAGUUUUUUGCUAAUAUUAACCUCUCAUGUGAUGAAAUCAGCCGAACUGGAGGAUUCCUUCGAUUAUCUUUUUAAAAUAGUUUUGAUCGGUGAUCCAGGUGUCGGAAAAACAUGCAUUGUACAACGUUUCAAAAAGGGGACUUUCGUCGAGCGACACGGCAGCACAAUCGGUGUUGAUUUUACGAUGAAAACAGUCGUUGUUGACACAAAGAAAGUCAAGUUACAAGUGUGGGAUACUGCUGGCCAGGAAAGAUUCAGAACAAUCACUCAAAGUUACUACAGAAGUGCAAAUGCUGUUGUAAUAACAUACGACAUUACAAAGAAAGACACUUUCAAGAAUGUUGUGCGAUGGACAGAAGAUGUGAAGAAAUACGCACCAGCUAAUGUCAUUAAAUUAUUAGUAGGAAACAAAACUGACAUUGCUGAAAACCGGGAGGUUACCCUUGAAGAGGCAAGGUCCUGUGCAGCACAUUAUAACAUGAUUGAUGCUCUUGAAGCUUCGGCUAAGUUACAAGUGUGGGAUACUGCUGGCCAGGAAAGAUUCAGAACAAUCACUCAAAGUUACUACAGAAGUGCAAAUGCUGUUGUAAUAACAUACGACAUUACAAAGAAAGACACUUUCAAGAAUGUUGUGCGAUGGACAGAAGAUGUGAAGAAAUACGCACCAGCUAAUGUCAUUAAAUUAUUAGUAGGAAACAAAACUGACAUUGCUGAAAACCGGGAGGUUACCCUUGAAGAGGCAAGGUCCUGUGCAGCACAUUAUAACAUGAUUGAUGCUCUUGAAGCUUCGGCUAAGGAUGCAACAAAUAUUGAAAAUGCGUUCUUGCGGGUGGCAAGAGAAUUGAAAGGUCGUUAAGAGAAUGGCUCUCAGCUUCAAGCCAGCAUGAUGGAUGAUGGUGUGAUUUUAGAAUCAAGAAGUGUAUACUCAAAGUGGUGCAGCUGUGGUUGAACAAUUUGCAGCCCUGUUAAAAAGUCUCAAGCUGGAGAAUUUGGAUAUUUAAUGAAUAAAGUAAUCAAGUGCAGUCAAAACUGCAGCUGUUUUGCAAAGGGAUUUGGCAUCAUUCAGACUUAACCAGAUAUAGCUGAAAUCAGAUAUUGGGAAAAUUUGGGUGUACACAUGGCAAAUUUGAAUUGCUUUCAUCAGUUUGACGGUAGACAAUAAGCACCCCUGCUUUCCGGUGAAAUCUGUCCUGCAAGCCAAAAAAAAAUUAAUUGAAAAAAAUAAAUGUAAGCGUGUCACACUGACCUCUUGAAGUGAGGUGCAUGACAAGUAGAAACUACUGUAACAGACUAAGCAAAAUACUUUGCCGCUGUACUCCUAAGAAUUCUGUGUUGCACACUCAAAUUAUUUUUCGUUUAAUUACUGAUUUUUUUUUACUUGCAAGACAGAAUUUGCUGUAAAGGAGGGACUGUAGUCUAGUUCAAUGGUAUAAAUAAUUAGAAGAAAUAUUUCUUAGUCAUUAUAUUCCAAAACUGUUGUUUUCAUUUUCUCUCAUAACAAAACAAGUAGCUUACAUUUUCAAGACAGUGUACCUUCAAUAGAGACUCAGAAAUUUUGGAAAAGCUUCAUAAUUGAUGCUCACAUAGCCCGGCUGCUGAUGUGUUCUUGGAAAUGUCCAGAUACACAUAAAUUAUGUGCCUUAGAGUAAUGUGGAACUGAUAUUCACCUUUUAAUUCAAGUUUUUUUUUAAGCAAGAUCAAACUUUUGUUUUUCUUGCUUAAUUGUUUUGUGUAAGUUUGUUUGUUCACUGUGUUUUGUCGUGUUUUUCAAUGUUCGCAGUUCAUGGUUAGUUGCCCCAAUGUGAAACAUUUGUUCUUACCGAAUUUAAAUGACUUGUUAUCAGCAAUUCACCACUGAAAAGCUUUAUAGAAUGUAUUUUUUAUUUAUUUAUUACUCCAAAUGGAAUUCUGGAUUGUACAAUUAUUCUGUUAUUUUCUCUUUAUAUUGAAUAACCAACAGUCAAGAACUUGAUGGAUUUUUAGUAGUGGCAAGUGUGUUUGUAACUUUCACCCUUGGGUCACAGUUUUCUGUUAGGAUCAAGUGACUGGGUUUACUGUAUUAUCUUGUGAAAAAUUUAUUAUUUAAGAUGAAAUUUGAUAAAUCAGCUGUUUUUUACAUUAUGGUAUCACAAGUUACUCAUAUAAUGCAUUUUUUUAUCUGCAAUCAUUCAAAAAAAUUUAUGAACCAGUUUGAAUUUGGGUUAACUUAUUGUUUUUCCAGGAAAGAAUUCCUAAACAGAGACAAACAUUGUCACAAAACGUUUAUGAUAUUUUGUGAAAAGAAUUAUGCAAGUUGUGCAACUGUAGCAUCUCCAGGCCCCCGUUGUUCGAAGGAUGGAUAACGCUAUCCACUGGAUAAAUCUCUAUCUGGUGGAUAGCGCAGUAUGUUUUAAUAACACUUAGCCACUGGAUAGCGAUUUACCAGUUGGAUAGCGUUACCCGCUCUUUGAACAACCGAGCCCAGACCUUUAACCUUCACUGAACUCAAUUUCAUUUUUUUUUCCUCCCUAAAUCAUCCUUAUGUAAAUUCUAAUGGCCUCUUCAGGGUUGGUGUUGAUUUGCCAAUGACACAGGACAAAUCAUUUUUUUUUCUUGAGUGUGCAAAAUAGUUUUUUGGGUCACUCUCUUUACCUAUGCACAUAAAGCAAAUAAUCUGGCAAAAAUUGAAAUUUUCUAAUAAAUGUAAUAGCUAAUUGUACAAUGCACAAUUACAGAAACUAUUUUAAUAACUUAAUUUGUGCUGUAAAUCUAGAGCACUUGCAGAAAUGUCAGGUGACAUUUCAUUCUAAAGAUAUGGUACACUGUAACUUGUAUAUUAGGGAGCAACUAACAGUAAAAUUUUGUGAACUGUAAUUGUUAAUUAAACUAUAAUUUUACAGACCUACUAAAAGAUACAAAUUGCCUGA